AUGGCCGACUACGAUGAUAUAAAUGUCGACGAUGAAGUCGGUUACGAGUACGAUACGACGAAGAUACCGGAAAUAGUUACGCCGGACGACAUGACCGAAUCCGGGUACCAGGAAUCGGAAAAAAGUUACGGUGACCGCCGGGAUUCUAAGGAGGGAUUCGGGGGGGAAGGUGACUCUGAUAGUGGGGUGGACGGUGUUAGUAGCGGGUGCAGCACGGUGGACGAUUGCCCUGUUGUGUCGAUCAAUGAUGUGAUCGCGUAUUAUGACGAUAUCCGGCCCAGGCGUCGGUAUGCUCCCCAACUCAACUACUACCAUGUGGACAUUGAGAGGAUGGCAUUGGACGCUGUUGUUCAGAUGGAGACACAACAGUUUGCGCAUAGUAAAGAGGAAAAGACUAGGAGGAGAAAACACUAA